AGAUGUACAAUGAAUCAAACAUCUAUAACAGAAAUAGUCCUCAGAGGGUUUGGAAACCUACACGAUUUCAAGUUCUUCUUCAUCUGUAUGUGUCUUCUCAUGUACAUGGUAACAGUGAUGGGAAACCUUACCAUUAUCUUGUCGGUGUCAACCAGUUAUCGCCUCCGAUCUCCAAUGUUCUUCUUUCUUGGUCACCUCUCUUUCUCGGAUAUAUUGGUUACUUCCAAUGUUGUCCCAGUCAUGGUGAAUGUUACUUUGGCAGAUGGUGGUAGUUUGUUCCUCACAGGCUGUAUUGCACAGUUUUUCUUUUUUGGGUCUUUGGCAACUACCCAGUGUCUUCUACUGACAGCAAUGUCCUAUGACCGAUAUCUGGCUAUAUGUAAUCCACUGUACUACUCCGUUAUUAUGGACCACAAACUGUGCAUAUAUCUGGUUGUUGGGUGCUGGUCCCUUGGGUUUGUGUUAACCCUUAUUCCAAUAUUUUUAAUAAAGACAUUAUGGUUCUGUGGUCCCAAUGUCAUUGACCACUUCUUUUGUGACUUUGGACCUCUUCUAGAGCUGUCUUGCUCAGAUGUCUCCAUUGUAAAAUAUGAGGUGCUGUCACUCUCUGGGAUUGUUACCAUUGUCCCCUUUUUAUUUAUUGUGGUCACAUAUGUUUAUAUCUUUGUAACUAUCAUGAAGAUCACCUCCGUCACAGGGAGGCAGAAGACAUUUUCUACCUGUAGUUCUCACCUGGCUGUAGUAUGUACCUAUUAUGGGGCACUUUUUGUAAUAUAUGUAGUGCCUCGCAGAGGGUAUUCCACAACUGUCAACAAGGUAUUAUCUCUCAUGUACACUGUGAUUACUCCAUUAUUCAACCCCAUUAUAUAUGGCUUAAGAAAUCAAGAAAUCAAAACGGCCAUGCAGAACUAUUUAUGUGCUCAAAACAUGUGGUGGAAAUAA